GACCAACCCAUCAACUAUGGUCGUCUCGUUUGGCUUGGUCUGCAGCAGCUUUGUGUCAGUCAGUCGCGGCAGCACCGGCCGCAGUUUUUGGCUACCUACUGGCAACGAAAAGGCCAGCGCUUCGGUGAGAGACGGAAAUCUCCUUGCUGCGAGGACAUUGAUGGCUAUGCUCUUGAUCGAGGCGCUUGGUGGCGUGUGGGUCCUGGAGCAGCCAGUGUAUAAGCAAAGCUUCUGGAUGUCGGCUUGGGGUGCUACAACGCCGAAGCGGACCACCUUGUGGUCGAACAGCCGAGCUAUCCGUAAGUUUGCCACGGCCGCUCGCUUUGGUAGGGUCAAGAAUGCUCCGAAGCUGACGCACCGCUACUACAGGAACGGUGUAUGCAAGUUUCAGGGAAACGAGAAGCUGAAAG